AUGUUGUACUCGUGUUGCAUCUUUAACCGUUCGGGAGAUUAUAUUUUUUAUCGUGAGUGGAAUACAUCCGAUAAAUAUAAAAAGCAAAGUGAAUCAAAGCUCAAGUCACAAAUGAAAUUGAUGUAUGGUUUCUUGUUUUCCAUGAAGAGAUUUGCUGAAGGAAUUUCACCAAAACCAAAUUCACAAUUCCAAAGUUUUAAAACAAAUAAUUACAAGUUACAUUUCUUUGAAUCUCCCACUGGUCUCAAAUUCAUCUUAAUGACAGAUCCUAAUGUUGGAAAUAUUGAAAAUAUCUUGCAGGAAAUUUAUUCAAAACUCUAUGUGGAAUUAGUUGUUUUCAACCCAGUUGAAAAGACACAAGAUUUAAUCACCAAUACUCUUUUUGUGAAACAUUUGGACAAGUAUUUGAGCCAACUUCCAUGGUUCUCCAAUUAA